AUGGACAACAAGCUCAUCAUGGAGUACGUAAUGGAACUUCGAUCACGCAAAGCUCUUCUGUUGUCGUCCUUGGAAGAAACGGGGGGUGUCAUCACCGACGACAUUUACCCUAUCAUGGAGGAACUUGCCCUGGUCAACCCUUCCUCGGGGUGCGGGGUGGGCAAGGACCUGGGGAAGUCGCACUACUGCGCGAUGCUUCCAGGGCACUGGAUCGCCGCCUCCACCAUCGUCCCGAACGUACCCUUCGUCUACGGAGACGGCGAGAAGGCCACGAACCGCUCGCCUUCAUCCAGAGGUGCCGGCCCGACCUGCACCCUGGGCGAGCUUGUUUCAUCCAUCUCCGGAAGACCUGUCUCCGGCGGCGAACUAGAGUACAACGCCGACACCCCGGUGCGGCCCCUCCGGGCGCGAAUCAGCGCCUUGACCAACACCGUCAAGGACGGCGAGAUGCCCACCGUAGUCGCGGUCGCCGGCUUCUCCCCGGCGGCGGAGGCGCAGCCGGUCAAGGCCACCGGGUCUGCGGCGGGAGCUGCGGCCGGGGGCGGCGGCGGCGGCGAAGACCCGAAGGAUGCCCAGGCGAAGGCUCUCGCGGCCUCGAUGGUGGAGGCCGCGGCGAGGGAACCGCGGGCGGCGGCGGCUGCCGGAGGGGCCGGCGUCCGCGCGGAAGGGUUCGGGAGAGUGGCCGACGUGGUCCUGACGGAGGACGGGGCGGUGCGGGGAAGGGGUAAGUGGGGGGUUACGGGGGGUUACCACCUCAGGUGGGAGUUCAACACCAUGAACUUGGACCUGGGCGGGGACAAGAUCGUGAAGGCGGGGGGGGAGGGCGGCGACGGCGGGAGAGACCUGUACGAGUUUUUCUUGGAUCAGAACAUGCUGAUCGUGGCGUGGAAGGACGCGCCCAAGAAGGAAGACGCCGUGGUCUUCGUGCGGGACGAGGUUCCUCGGUGACGCGCCUUGGGGCGGACCAAUCCGCGGGCGACAGGCACUGGUGUUCACAACUCUGUCUUGCUCGGAGAGUCUUGAUCAUUUAUUCCUGAUACUGUUUGCAUAGGGAUUUUGUACCAGCUAUUUUUGUGAUAAGAUGUGUGGCUUUGUUUCCGACGCUCCCUUGUCCGAAUUUCUGGUGUGGUGCUCGUGCCGACGAUGCCAAGUGUGAAGGGCGAUGGUUGGUUGCGGGCCGCUUUGUUUGUUCUUUGGCCCGCAAUCGUGUGGAAAUGGCAUGUUGACUUUGUUGCGGGGAGAGAGUUCUGAACCUUGAAGGCUUCCAAGCUUGGCUGGCAUCUGUGGCGUGUAUGCAGAUAGCCUUAGCCUUUUCAUGGGGUCAGAGGUUAGUAUUCCUCUCUCCGCCGUGCUGAAGGUGACUCGAGUCAACUUGAUCCUUGACACCGUCAUGUUUACGGUGGCCGCGGCGCUCAGCCACAUAUAUCAUUGUACUUAGGGUUGGUGUUGGUGUUGGUUGAGCUUACGGUUUGAUGGAACAACAUACCUGGAAGAUGUGAAGU